AUGUCAAAUAAAAAAAACGUGAAAGAUAAUUUAAAUCGAUGUUGUUUAUAUAAUGAACUUGGAUCGUGUAGUUCAUACGUAUCGAAUAGAUUUGACAACUGGUCUUCUGAUGCAGUUAAUUUAAAUGAUUUGAAAGAUAGUGCUGUUGGUUAUUUAGUAGAACUCGGUGUUAUUGCUAAAUCAAACCAAGGAUCUUACGAAAUUUGUGAAUCUCAUCUAAUUCUUAAUCGUUUAGCACGUUGUAUUGAUACUGAAAAACCUUAUCUUAAAAUAUGUCCUUUACACAGAUACACAUUCGGUUUUGGUUGGAAAGAUAGUACUUAUUGUGCACAUAUCGAUCACAAAAACUCAAAGAACGAACCUCGACGAAAAAAAAGAAGAAAAACAUUUUCAACAAAUAAUCGAAUUGCACCAAUUCAUUUUUUUCGACAUCUGGUUCAGUUUCCUUAUGGUGGUCGACUCUGUGGUAAUCAUGUGAAACAAGUAUAUUCAUUAAUACAAACACAGGAAUCAUUAGCUGAUGAGUUAAAUACUCGUUCGGAAAUUCAUUCUUAUGAAAUUCAAGCCAAUAGAAGUGAUGAACUUGAAAAUGUUAACACGUUAUUGAUAUCUUUAGGACAAAGUCCUUUAAAAAGUCAAAUAACAACACCUCUAGAAGAACAAACAGAUGGUGCUAUACGACGUGUUGUAGCUAAGCUUCGUCAAGCAGUUUCUGCUUCAGCAUUAGAUUUGGCUAAAGGCAUUGCACCAGGACAAGAUAAACUACUUUUACAACUAGCGAAUUUACAUGAUGUUACCGAACGACGACCGUCAAUUAAUUCUAUAUCAUCUGAUACAUUAGUCGAUGAACAAUAUCUCAACUAUUUGAUUAAAAUGUAUGAGUCAUGUAAAGAAAAAAAAUUCUCUUACAAUGAACAAGUCCGCAUAUUGACACUUAUUCCUGAAUCAUGGAAUUUUACAAAUGAAACAAUUCAAGAGAAAUUCAACUGUACAAUUCAUGCUGUCAAAACAGCACGGAAAUUGCGAAAAAUAACUGAUACACCUUUACAUAUUGAUCAAAAAGUACUAAAAAUUCGACAACGUAUUGAUUCUUCAAAACUUGAUUAUUUUAUAUCUUGGAUUAUUCAUUCACAGCUCCUAAUUAGUAUUCCUUGGGGUUCUACAAAUAUGAAACUUGAAAGUGGUCAAAUUAUCUCUUUACCUCAACAGAUGCUUCAAGCUCAACAGAGCCAGAUUAUAUAUUCUUAUCAACAACAUUGUAAAAUUGUUGGUAUAGAUACAUUAUCCGAUCGAACACUUUACUCAAUUUUAAAUAGUUUAAAUGCAAGUGAACAAAAAUUUAUUACAGGUCUUAAUGAAUUUGUCACGAGCGCCUCAGAAGCUUGGUGCAGCUUAGAAAAGAUUAUUCGACAAUUACCAAUUUCAUAUACAACUAAAAAUGAUUUAUAUAUUUUACUUGAAAAAAGCAAAAUGUAUCUUAAAACAAAAUAUGGAUGUGAAUGUGGUGAAACUGCACAAACAACCACACAUUGUACUAUAUUUGCUAUGAGUGAACUGAACAAUCCGUUUUAUUCUCAAUCAUGCAAUCAUGACCACAACAUGUACUGUGAAGCUUGUCUUUCAGUUUUUGUGUUAUUCGAUCAAAUUGAAGAUUAUAUAAAUACAAUUACUGAUCAAGAAAUGAAAGAUGAAAUCCUUUAUGAUUUUAAAAUGUCAUGGGAUAGUAUUUUUGAACUUAUGGGACAUAAAAUACGUGCCACUCAACAGGAACAACAAAAACAACAAUAUAUAAACGAAAUGGAUGAAACAACAGCAUUUUUAACUAUUGACUGGGCACAGAAGAUCCUUCCCCAACAAUUCCGGGAAGGACAAAGUUUUGAAUAUGGAGGAGGGAUAAAACAUUUAAAAAUUGGUGUUGCUGAAGUAACUGAUAUAGUUCCUGAGGUGUCUUUUACAUCAAUACCUGAAUUAACUUGUAUUCGAAAUAUUAUUUAUCAGGAUGAAAAUUUUCUUGUACGAAAAGCAACUGGUGUAGGUUUAGGCAAACCAAUAACAUAUGAACAUUUCUCAAUUUCAUCGAAUGUAAAAUUGGUUGAUUCCUUUGAACGAUAUGAAUUACACGAAGAAUAUUCAACAAAAAUGUCAACGACCAAGAGAUCUGAUCGAACAUUAAAAACAU